AUGUCGACAAUAGAGAAGGAAUUAGCAGAAACUCGGACGAGCCAAACCAGCAACCAAGUUUCAUCGGAAAGGCCCUCUAAUCAUAGUCUACCAAAAGCAUUUGUUGUUAUUGGAAUAAAUACUGCUUUCAGCAGCAAGAAACGCCGAGAUUCUGUUCGAGAAACAUGGAUGCCUACAGGAUAUGAACUAAAGGAAUUGGAGAAAGAGAAAGGGAUUGUAAUACGGUUCGUGAUAGGACACAGCGCCGCAACAGGGGGAGUCCUUGAUCGAGCUAUCAAUGCUGAGGAAGCUGAAUACAAAGACUUCCUUCGGCUCAACCAUAUCGAGGGCUACCAUGAGCUCUCCUCCAAGACCCGAUUGUAUUUUUCAACAGUUGUCUCCAUUUGGGAUGCAGAAUUCUAUGUCAAGGUGGAUGAUGAUGUCCAUGUAAACUUGGGUAUGCUUGUGAGUACACUAGCACGAUACAGAUCCAAACCCGGAAUCUAUAUUGGAUGCAUGAAAUCUGGACCAGUUCUCUCUAAGAAGUGA